UCGUCGUAAUAUUGACGGGAUGGAAGCAAAGUUCUUGGUUCAAGUUCUAGGUUGUGCGAAGAAUCCGGAACGCGUCGAAUUGUUACAAGAUAAGGAACUGGAUUAUGCAAAUGCAAUCGUUAUACAUUGGUUCACAGAAUAA